CGCUCAGUAUAAAAAGCAGGACAUCGACGGACGGAGGACGGCUGGGGAGUCGCAGCCCGGGAGUGUAAAUAAGACCGUCAAAACUGUGUUUUAUUUACAAGCGCGAUGCCGGCUGUUUUAAAGUACCGCUCCCAGUUGUUUUGACCCGCUUUUUUGUAUAUUUUUGGCUCUCUGUCUCUCGCCUAUUUCCGUGUGGUUUUUACACUACGCGUAUAAUGGCGAGCUCGGCUAACUCGAACCCAGUGCCUAAACUUUACAAGUCUGUGAUCGAGGACGUGAUCAAUGAGGUGCGGGAGCUGUUUCUGGACGAGGGCGUGGACGAACAGGUCCUCCUGGAGCUGAAAACGCUGUGGGAGAACAAACUGCUGCAGUCCAAAGCCGUGGAGGGUUUCCACACCGAGGAGCAGGCGGCCCUGCAGGCGCAGCAGCAGCAGCAGCAGCAAGUCCAGCAGGCCCAGCAGGUCCAGCAGGUGACCCAGCCCGCACAGGCGCAGCAGGUCAUCCUCCCCCCGCAGCAGCAGCAAGCUCCCCAGCAGCAAGUCAUCGUGCAGGACUCGAAGAUCCUUCAGCACAUGAGUGCAACGGGGAUGAGUGCAGCAGCUACCGCAGCAACUCUUGCUCUGCCCACCGGAGUCACUCCGUACCAACAGCUCAUCACCAGCCAAGGCCAGAUCCUGCAGGUGGUCCGCGCUGCUAACGGCGCUCAGUACAUCAUCCAACCCCAGCAGCAGAUCCUCCUGCAGCAGCAGAUGCAGCCCGGCGGCGUGCAGGCGCCCGUCAUUCAGCAGGUUCUGGCGCCUCUGCAGGGAGGCCUGCCCCAGCAGACAGGAGUCAUCAUACAGCCCCAGCAGAUCGUCUUAGCUCCAGGAAACAAAGUCCAAGGAAAUACGCAGGUGAUGCAGGCUGCGGCGAUGGCCCCGCAGCCCGGCCAGGCCGCCACGGCAGCUCAGGUCCAGCAGGUCCAGCAGGCCCAGGGAGCGGCCGCGGCACAGGCCCCGGUGCAGGCCCAGGCCCAGGUCCAGCAGCAGGCCCAGGCCCAGCCGCAGGCGCAGCAGCCCCCCAUGAUGCUCCAGGUGGACGGAGCCGGGGACACCUCCUCGGAAGAGGACGAGGACGAGGAGGAGGAGUACGACGAAGACGAGGAGGAGGAGAAGGACAAGGACGCCGGCGAAGACGGCCAAGUGGAAGAGGAGCCUCUGAACAGCGGAGACGACGUCAGCGACGAGGAGGACCAGGAGCUGUUCGAUACGGAGAAUGUAGUGGUGUGCCAGUACGACAAGAUCCACAGAAGUAAGAACAAAUGGAAAUUCCACCUGAAGGACGGGAUCAUGAAUCUGAACGGGAGAGACUACGUCUUCUCCAAAGCCAUCGGGGACGCCGAGUGGUGAAGUGACGAACGAGAGCAGCGGGGGGGGCGGGAGCCGCGGCUCCUCCUCCUCCAGUCACCGGACACUUCAGCAUCCCUCCAUCCUCUGUGACUGGAUCCAUUCAGGACGCCACUUCUGAGUCUCUGAGAACUCUCUGACGAAUCCAAAGGACUGUGAGGUACUGUACGAGCCGGGCGUCGUCAGAGAAACGCCCCGCCGAGCCUGCAGGGGGAGGGGAGUCCGAACGGAGCCUUGGUUCUCUCGCUUUCUCUCUCUUUUCCCUUCUUCCAGGCUUCUCUGCCCCCUCCUUUUUUUUUUUUUCCCCUGAGAGAAUUCAACACGGGGAAGUAAGCAUUUCACUUCAUACAGGUGUAGUGGACCAGGGUGACCUCCUCCUCCUCCUCCUCCUCCUCCUCCUCUUCCUCCCCCACAGGUCAGAGGUCACUCAUCAUCACCCCGUAGAAACACCUUCAUGCACUGUAGUCAGUUGACUGGAUUGACUCGUGUCUCCUUUACAAGUCCAAACUUAGUGCCACCAGUCAAGCUCGCUGCCUUUUAGAAAUUUGUUUUUCUUGGUUUUAAUUCUGUCUCACAUGUUUCUCAACAAGGUGCUCCAGAGUUCUACUUUUAAACAUUUUUUUUUUUUUUUUUUAAGAAAAAAAUGUGUCUAAUGAAGGGUUUAGGAAUAAAGAAGGUAAUUUAACAUUGAUUUUUAAUGACUAAUUUUUAUCUGCAUCCAAAAAAAAAAAACACCCAUUAAUUUUAUUUUUUUUUUUCAUCCUGGAGCUUCAUUCCAUCUUUAUCCUGAGAACAGGAGAAAACAAAGAUCCUGAAUUCAUUUGUACAAAAACGAGUGGGUGUGUCUUGUUGGUGUGUCUUCGGUUAGAAGAUUUGCACUGUCAGUUUCUCCAUGUGUUGUGAAGUCAGUCCAGUUAAUCUGUGAGUGCGGGGUUUGUUUGUUUUUUGUUUGUUUUUUUUUUCACGCCCCUAUUUAUUCCUGAAAGUUCCCCACAUGCUCUUAUUUUCAGAAAAGGUUGAAAAGCCAGACUGUGCUCUUAUAAUCUGAUAAGUGUUCCUUUUUUUUUUUUCUUCUUCUUCUUCUUCUUCUUUGGGCUGGGCAAGUUCAGCGUUCCAAAUCUUUUCUUCCACGGUUCGUUCUCCUGUACUUUCAUUUUAUUGAUCACUUUUAAACAUGAGGAUGUUUUCUACGGCGGUGAGUGGAACUCGGGCCUGUGUGUUUCUCUGCAGUUUGUUUUUAGGGCCCUUUUGUUGCAGCAAUUUUAAAUCAAACUAGGGAUUUAUUCUGAUUUAUUUGGACCGCUUCGUUCAAAGAAACAUCAGCAGCACACAGAAAAGACAAUUUUUAGAAGCAAAAACUUUUUUUUUUUUUUUGUUCUUUUUCCCCACCAAACUGUCUGUUAAACAGUAGCUGCGUUUUCCAGCACGCUUGAGGUGAAGCACUACGGCGUGUCUUUGGCUUUCAGGAUUCAUGGUUUCUCUUCUCGUAGUUUCCGCUCCCGGGGGCGGAGCCAGCUCAUCGUCUCUGGAUGUCGCGUGUGCCUUUUUUCUGCCGUGUCACAAACGAAACGAAAGGAACUGUACCUUCUGCUUUUUCAUUGUUUUGUCCCCCGUGUGUUUUAACUGUUGUUCAGAUCAUUAAAAGAAAUGUAAUGUU